AUGUCGAUCGUCUCGGUUACAGAGGUUUCGUUGCUUGGAGAUAAUCCUUGCAAGAUCUCUGACAAGUUAUCUUUCGAGAUCCAGUUCGAAGCUUUGAAGAAGCUCAAGGAUGAUCUCGAAUGGGCUAUGGUAUAUGUAGCUGAUGCGAACGACUCGAGCAAAGAUCAGGAGUUGGACACCGUCGAGCUUGGCCCUGUUGAGGUUGCCACUAUGAAGUUCACGUUCGAGGUUUGGUCUGCUCUCGAAAUUCUCCCUCCAGCACGCUCUCUGUCCUUUGACACUGCUGUACCUCUCGAUAAGGGUGUGGAGGUUGAAGUGACUGACGAUGAGGAUGAACCAGACAACGAUGAAGUGGAGUGCAAUGAGCCUGAUGAGGCACCCGUUGAUAACCUUGAGCAGAUGGAGACAUCAGAGGAAACCGAAGCGGCCCAGGACAUGAAAGUUGAUCCUGUUGGGCAGUCGAAGAUAGACCCUGUCGCUCCAUCCGAGUCGAUCGCGAUGGACGUAGAUGUUGCCGGAGGUUGA